CAUCCCCGUAUGAGUGGUCCCAGUUAUCCUCAGCCUCCAGCAUCACCCCUUCCAACUCUGUCCCCAGCUCCGUGGUGGCUCUGCAGUGACUGGGGAAGCUCAGGUGACCCGGGACAGGAGGGACAGUGACAGGGAGAAGGUGCAGAGCCCCAGGGAGCAGCUGGAGCGGAGACACAGCCAUCACCUGCCCCAGCACCCUCAUCCCCAGCCUGGGGGACAUAUCCAGUGCCUGUCCUGACUGUGCCAUCACCCUUUGAGAAGCCGGUGGCACCACCAUGUCCCAGGCAGGAGGUACAGCAGAGCCCCAGGGAGGCACAGGGGACCUCAGCAAUGGAGCUGAGGAGGCCUUUGAACACCGUGACGUGGUCAUCAACAGCCAGGACAAGGUUUCGGAUGUGUACACACAGCUGGAGAAGCUGGGGCAGGGGAAAUUCGGGACCGUGUACCGGCUGCAGGAAAAGGCCACCGGCAAAAUCCGGGCUGGGAAAUAUUUCCGGACACGCACGGCGAAGGAGAAGGAGGCGGCUCGGGCCGAGGUGGAGCUGAUGAACCUCCUGCAUCACCCACGCCUCGUGCAGUGCCUCGACGCCUUCCAGGGCCCCACCGAGCUGGUGAUGGUGAUGGAGUACGUGGAGGGUGGGGAGCUCUUUGAGCGCAUCGUGGACGACGACUUCGAGCACACGGAGCCCAGCAGUGCCCAGUACGUGCGGCAGAUCCUGGAAGGGCUGCAGUUCAUGCACGGCCAGGCCAUCGUCCACCUCGACCUCAAACCCGAGAACAUCGUCUGCGUCAGCCCCCGCAGCCACUGGAUCAAGAUCAUCGACUUUGGCUUGGCACGGAAGCUGGCUCCAGACACCCCCGUGAAGGUGUUGCACGGCACCCCCGAAUUCAUGGCUCCAGAAGUGGUCGCCUUUGAGCCUGUGAGCUUCUCCACAGACAUGUGGAGCGUUGGUGUCAUCUGCUACAUCCUGCUGAGCGGGGAGUCGCCCUUCCAGGGGGACACCGACAUGGAGACACUGAGCAAUGUCACAGCUGCCCAGUGGGACUUUGAGGAGGAGAUCUUCUCAGAGAUCUCCCGGCAAGCCAAGGACUUCAUCAGCCAGCUGCUGCAGAAGGACCCCCGCCAGCGGCUCCCGAGUGCGGGGGCUCUGGUGCACCCCUGGCUGCAGCAGCCCCAGCCCAGCAGCCCCAAGGCGCUGUCCAAGGAGAGGAUCAGGCAGUUCCUGGCGCGUCGGAAGUGGCAGAAAACAGGGAAAGCCCUGCUGGCUCUCAAGAGGCUGACCCUGCUGUCCCAGAGCCCGGAGGGGAAGGCAUCAGAGGCUCAGGAUGAGGAAGGCCUGGGGAAGGAGCAGCCCUCGGGGGCUCUGCCCCAACGAGGUCCCAACCCCUCGGAGCUGCUGAUGGAGCAGGAGGAGGAGGAGGAUGGUGGGAGCAUUGCAGCCUCAGGGCAGUGACAGCGUGGCCCUGUCACCCCCAUCCUGGAUCACCUGGAGAAGAUGGGGAUGGUGCCCCCUCCAGCAGCUCCCACAGUGCCCUGGCCAGCCUGGC